AUUGGCGCUUUAAUUGGAGGUAGCGAUGUAUUGUCACUGUCACUUCCGACUAGUUUUCUAAUGUAAUCGUGAUUAUUAUCUGGACUGUAUUUGUUGUACAUGUUUCGUGUGUUUAUUCUAGCCAGUAGCUCACGAUUGUUAUUCUGUCGUAUGUUUCAGCAGUCUAUUUUACCUAGUUCUUCCUGCCAACUUCCUGUUAUAGCUGUAUGCGGAGCUACUGGCACUGGAAAGUCAAAGUUAGCAAUAAGUCUCGCUAAUGUUUUCAAUGGUGAAGUCAUCAACUUUGAUGCACUGCAGUUGUAUAGGGGCCUCACAAUUGCAACAAAUAAAGUAUCACCUGCUGAAUGUCUGGGCAUCCCACACCAUCUUAUAGACAUUUUCCAUCCGGAAAAUGGACAGAAAUACGAUGUUCAUGCCUAUCGAGACAUCUGUCUGCCAGUGAUUGAGAAUGUGAGGAAUGCUAAGAAAAAGUUGGCUAUCCUUGCUGGUGGAACACACUAUUACUUAGAAGCUGUAUUAUGGAAAGAUUUUUUGGCUUCCAAGUAUACCGUGUCUGAUACUCGGGACAAAAUUAAAAGAGAAAUUUCAUUUGACGAUCCAAAGCAAUGUUAUGAUCUCUUGUACAAAUUGAGACCGAAUCUAGCAGCUCACCUGCAUCCAAAUAAUGUUCGUAAAGUAAAACGGGCUCUUCUGGAUGUUUUAUCAGAAAGCGAAGGUGAAUCGACCGACGAAAAUACUAAAAAAGAUGUUCCAAAUCGUUCUGUUAUACCACGAUAUCCUGGACAAUCUCUUAUACUGUGGUUAGAUUGUGCUUCUGAUGUCUUGAAUACUCAUUUAAAUAAACGAGUGGAUAUGAUGUUAGAAUCGGGAUUGAUUAGUGAAUUAGACUCAUUUCUUAAGGAAGCGAAACUGGCGAGUAUGUCUUCAACAUCAAAAUGUAUUGAAGCUGAAAUAACUGACAAUUGUGAUGACAACAAACAGAUUCGAGUGGAAAAGUUGAGAAAUAUGUUUUCUGAAGACUUGGAGACUGUUUCAGAUCCUUCAGUUCGUCGUGGUGUACUUCAGAGUAUUGGGUUUAAAGAGUUUUCAGACUAUUUGGCUUUGUUACCAAAUGAACGUGAUAGCCCAGAAGCGAAAGUUUUGUUGAAUCAAGCAGCAGAGAAUGUUAAAUCAUCAACUCGUCAGUAUGCACGCCGUCAGGUGAGCAGAUUUAUUUUUUGAUAUAUGCGUACUCAUCUGAUUUACUUGUUUUAAUAGACGAAGAUAUCCGUUUUUCGUUAGUGUUUUUUGUGGGUCUUAGUUUUUAUAUUUAAUGUUAAACUGAUUGAAACUGAAUUUUCAGCCUGGAAUGAUGCAUGAAAGUACAACAGUUCCAGUUGCCGCACUUCUUAAUCACUCGUAAAGGUGUAGGAAAAAAAGAAGAACAGAAAUGAUAAGAAACCGUAGUGAAUGGAAACUUACGUGGAAAGUGAUAAUCAAGUGGAGAAUAAUAAGAAUAUAAUGGAUUUUGGAGACCUUAAAGCAUGAGUGCACAUGCCUCACUGAGAGGGAUUUUGAGCCGUUUCACUACCAGUCUGCAGUUGUUGAUUCUUGGAGUCUCAAAGACCUCAGCCAGAAAGUUUACACCGAGAUGGUAUGGUGUGAGCGCCAAAGGAGCCCCACACUGUAAUUGAAAAACAAUAUAAAGCCAAAAGUUUCUUGGAUUAGAAAUCGGUUUCUAAGGCGACCUGUUGAAGGUAGUAUUCCUGUCUAUCGUAUAGACGUGACAACCUUUCUACAAUCUGGAUCAAUAGAUAUUUGGAAUAAUUCAAUUAUUGCUCCAGUUGUCCGAUUAAUCUGCAAUGAAUUAAAGAAAGUAGGUGAUUCUACCUUUGAAGCCUUGAAAAACACCGAUUUUCUACAAAGUUUCCUUGAUAUUUGUCCUGAAAAUUGUUGUCCUACACCAGAACCAUUUUCUCUGGUCAAGUCAGAUUAUUCUGCUACUCCGGAUGAUAUUCAAUCACCAUUCAUCUGUUCAGUAUGUUCAGGUCGAAUAUUUACACAAAGGGAUGACUGGGAAGCUCAUUUAAAAAGUAAAGGACAUCAGAAACGAACUGCUAAACAUCGUAAAAGAUUACUGAAAGAAAAAGCAAUGGGAACUUUGAAAUCAUAAUAUUGAAUAAUAUUUUAUUUAUUUAUUUUUUUGUAUGGGAUUUCCUUUGAAUGCAUUGUAUACUUACCUGCUUUGCAAUUAGAUUAUUUGUAUGUGUAUAUCUGAUUUUCAUUAUUAUUAUUCAAAAUGUAAAAUAAAGUAUUUCCCUUUUCA